CUUUCCUCUUGCUCCAACAUGGCUGAUCAGAACGAGCGCGCCUUCCAAAAGCAGUUCGGUGUUAACCUAAACCGUAAGGUGAAGCCCGGCAUCACCAAAAAGAAGGUGCUCCGCCGCUACCGUGAUGUUGGUCUCGGUUUCAAAACCCCCCGUGAGGCCAUCGAUGGCACCUACAUUGACAAAAAGUGCCCCUGGACCGGUGAUGUGAGAAUCCGUGGCCGCAUUCUUACCGGUGUUGUGCGCAAAACUAAAAUGCAACGUACUAUUGUUAUUCGUCGCGAUUAUCUGCACUUUGUGCGUAAAUACAGUCGUUUUGAGAAACGUCAUCGCAACAUGAGCGUCCACUGCUCGCCCGCCUUCAGAGAUGUGGAGCAUGGCGAUAUCGUCACAAUUGGCGAGUGCCGUCCUCUCUCAAAGACCGUGCGCUUCAACGUAUUGAAAGUCAGCAAGGGUCAGGGCGCCAAGAAGAGCUUCAAGAAGUUUUAAGUGAGGACAACCGCUAUGGAAGAAAAUAAUAUUUGUAGCACUAUUCUUUUUGAAUAAAACAAAAAAAAAACUGUAAA